UUUUUAUUUUUCAUAAGUGACUAAUGAAGUGAUGAUGCCAAUGCUGAGUAACUGAAUUAGUUGAGUAAUUUGUUUUCCAUACCUUAACCUCAAACCACAAGUAAACAUGCAAAUUUUGUUUGUUUAAAGCGUUAAAUGUAAUAUUUUCGUAAUUUAAAUAUGAGUAGACCUCAACAGUUUUUGGAAGAUGCUAUUGCAGCAGCUAAACGAGCAGUACAAUUUGAUACUGACCAACAGUAUGAACCAGCAACAUACUUUUAUACAAUUGCAGCAAAACUUCUUGUCAAAGCUGCUGACAUAAGUGAAGCAGAAAAAGCUACUGCGUUAAGAAAAAAAUCUCAAGAAUAUUCCCAACGUGCUGCUGUCUUAGAACAACUUAAAGAUGCUGAAUAUUCAACUCAAGCUGAAGACGAACACAAGAAGAGACUGAAACGUCUACAUUUUCUUCUACAGCAGGGUUUAGAUGCAGAUAAUGCAGGACUAAAAGAUACGGCUGUCGACUUGUAUGCUCAAGCGAUAGAAUAUGUAACUCAUUAUCCAGAAUUUAUGCAUGGGGAACUUAGGGAGAUUGUGAUUCAAGCAUUAGAGAGAGCAGAAGCAUUAAAAGGUAUAAAAAGAGUCAGUAAUGAGGCAACAAGUAGUGCUCCAGAAAAUGUGUCAAAAUCAAAUUUUAAGCCAUUACAGUUUGUACCAAAAGCUGCACCCACGUUACAAAGAAGUUCAAGCAUUCAGUUAAAAGUAACAGGAGGAAAAGAUGGAUACACUGAGGAAGAAAAGAGAGUUUUGUUUCAUACCUCAAGAAUAAACAAAAAUGAAUAUGUUCCCUUUAUGUCUAUAGAUUUAAAAGAAAAAUUUCAGUAUGCUAUAAGUUUUACUGAUAAAGAUGGUGUAUUAGCACUUUCACCUAAACAGAAAAGGGAGUUUGCUGGUUGGGUUAGACCUGAAGAUAUUUGCACUGAUCCAUGCAUAGUUGUAGGAGAUCAUCCAGACUAUUAUAGCAUUAAGCAGACCAUUGUGUCUGAUUGUUCGUUUGUAGCAAGUUUGGCUGUUAGUGCACAGUAUGAACGACGCUUUGUUAAAAAGAUUAUUACUGCAAAAAUAUUUCCAAGAACUAAAGAUAAGCGCCCUAUUUACAACCCUUUUGGGAAAUAUAUGGUCAAACUAAUAUUAAACGGUGUAGCAAGAAAAGUGAUAAUUGAUGACACAUUACCAAUUAGCAAGCAUGGAAGGCUGUUGUGUUCUUAUUCUAGUAAUAGGAAUGAAUUUUGGGUUUCACUUUUAGAAAAAGCAUACAUGAAAGUUAUGGGAGGAUAUGACUUUCCUGGUAGUAACAGUAACAUAGAUCUACAUGCUUUAACAGGAUGGAUUCCAGAACGUAUAGCGAUAAGAAGUAAAGAACAGGAUUUUAACAAAGACGCUCUGUUUAGUACGUUAGAAACGCGUUUAUCUAAAGGGGAUGUAUUAAUUACUACGGCGACAGGGGAAUUAUCAGAAGCAGAAGCAGAAAGAACGGGACUUGUGGCUACACACGCUUACGCAGUACUUGACGUUCGAAAUGUAAAUGGUGCCAGGUUGUUGAAACUUAAGAAUCCAUGGUCUCAUUUGAGAUGGAAGGGAAAUUAUUCAGAAUUGGACACAAGACAUUGGACGCCAGAGUUACAACGUUUAUUGAACUAUGAUCCAAACAGUGCAUCUCAGUUUGAUAAUGGAGUAUUUUGGAUAGAUUAUGAUAGUAUUUGUGCUUUUUUUGAAGUAUUUUAUUUGAAUUGGAAUCCCGAGCUUUUUCAGUAUACAUAUUGUACCCAUCAAGCAUGGCAUGCCUGCACUGGUCCUGUAAAGGAUCUCUACAAUAUAGGAAAUAAUCCUCAAUUUUCCUUAGAAGUAGGUUUAGAGACUAAGGGUGCCAUUUGGGUUUUACUUACCAGGCAUAUAACCGAAAUUGACGAUUUUAGGGAGAAUAAGGAAUAUAUUACUCUGCUUGUUUACAAUACUAAUGGAAAAAGAGUUUAUUAUCCUAACGAUCCUUCACCUUAUAUAGACGGCGUAAGAAUUAACAGUCCCCAUUAUUUAUGUAAAAUAAUUUUGAAUCCAACUAGUAGUAAAAAAUAUACCCUUGUUGUAUCUCAGUAUGAAAAAACUCAAACUAUUUUCUAUACAAUAAGAGCUUACUCCACCUGUCCGUUUACAUUAAGCAAAAUUGAAGAUCCGUAUGUUCACACUAAAGAGGUGACAGGGGAAUGGAAGGGAGUAACAGCAGGUGGUUGUGGAAACCAUCAGUCUACAUAUAAAAAUAAUCCUAUGUACAGGGUGGAAAUUGAAGGGGUUAGAAGUGAUAAUGAAAUUUUAAUUGAAUUAAAAGGUCCAAAACAAUAUCAAAUUGGUUUUGAUGUUACUAUUGCAAGUGUUAAUGAUACCACUGUUACCGCUCCUUUUAAAACCACAACAUCAGGACCUUUCAGGUCUGGUUUUGUAGUUUUAGAAUUAAAUAACAUUCCUUGUGGGGUGUUAAAUAUUGUUCCGAGUACAUUUUUGCCUGGUCAGGAAGGACCAUUCAUACUGACGGUUAAAUCGCGGUUACCAUUACAAAUUUCUAGAGAGAGAUAGCAGUUUUUUUUUAAUAAACUAUUACAAUUUUACAGCUUUCAUUGCACUACAAUUGUUGGCCUGGAACCGCCUUAUCAUAUCUACUUUGCAAUAAAAUUUUACAUAGGUACGUAAUAUAAUUUCAAUUAUGAAUUUUUGAAACGAUAAAAAGUACACCACGUCCUUCGUUUUAAAUCACACGUCUGUGAAGAAAGUGAAAGAAUUAAAAGCACACCUGUGAAUUUGUAAAGGUUUCAUUUUAUGAAAUAUUAACGCCUUAUUCUUAUUUAUUGUAUGUAAUUGUUAUUAUUGUAUGUAAUUUUGUAUCUUUGCUACUGUGCAUAUGGAGUAUCUGCCACAUAAUAAACAUAGUUUAAUUUUUGCAAAAUGGUAAUUAAAUGGCAAAAUGUUGGUUUUGUUGGGUACUGUUCUAAAACCACUAUUUGAAAUUUUAGUUUAGUGUUAUACAUUUACUAUGGGACCUGUCAUACCAAGUAUACUUUCAUUUUUACUCUGACUUUAAUGGUACCAAAACGUACUAAAUUUUACUCAUUUUUGGCUUUACACUCUACUGAGUUCAAAAAUUAUUGAUAUGUAUGUGAAAAAAGAUAUGGGGACAUUCCCUCAGCCGUUGGCGAGAUUUGGUAAGAUGCGGUGAGAUCCUCUCCCCUCAAGUGAAAUUUACCUGGGCAAAGUGGGACACCUCAAUAAAAGUAAAAAAAUGAAUAAAUUUAUUCAUUAUCUGUAUUUAAAUGAUGUAAAAGUUAUGUUGAGAUUUAAAUGACUCCGCUCCUUUUAAAUGAGAUUUGAUGAGAUUUUAUUGGAUCCCCCUCAUAUUUUGAGCUAAUGUAAUUGAUGGAUGCCUCCUUAUAAUUUAUAUUCAAUAGUUAAGGGUCAAGAGGAAUAAAAACAUGAAGUUUA